AAUUAUGUAACGUUUUUGGAUAUCGAUUGAUCUUGCCGAUUGUUUCCAAACGAAUCGAUUAGAAUGUAAACAAAAGAGGCGACGACACUGAGCAACGUUCUUGCUUCGUUCGGGAGUAAUCGAAGGGGAUGAAACGUGUGAAACCAAUCUCGUGAGAAUGCGCGGGUGUGCGAUUAAAUAAUUAAAAAAACGAUAUCGCGUGAAAGAAGAAUUAAACGAUUAUCGAAAAAACAUUAUGCGGAAUCGUUGAUGGUAAAAAUGAAAAUCUCAACUUUUCUUCAUUGGAUUCUUCCAUUCCAAUUAAUGUUAAUUGUUUCCAUCGUUUGUACGGAAAAUAAUCAUAUUAAUAAUUCCGAGAUGAAUGGAGAUUUGGAAAAUAUGUAUCGAAAGAAAAUUUUGAAUCUGCUUCAACCAUCUUGGAUGAUCGAUGAAUUAAUUAGAAACAAACGUAACGAACAGUUGGUCGAAGAGAUUCCUACAAGACAUGCGAAACAUCGGAAGCGACGUCGUUACAGAAAUCGAUCGACAUGCGUUGAAAGCACAUCUGGGAGCAAAUUGUCCCUUCGCCAGGACAACAACACGACGCCGAUAGAUAUUCAUAUUUCUAACGAGACAAAGAAAAAUCGUGAUGAAAACAAUACAGUUCUAGAGAUCGAAGAAGAAUUAGAUGAUAUAUUAGGGGUGAAUGAUCAGGUACAGGAGAUGUAUAAUAAAACUAAAGAAGAGGAUUAUAAUACCGAUGUGGAGAAGAAUAGAAUUAAAUCAAAGAAAGGAAAUUUCGUUGUUAUAGAACGAAACAAUUCUACAAGUAAUUUAUCAGAUGAAGGAUUGAUAGGUUCGUAUGAUGAACCAUCUAUAACUGAUGAAAUCGAGUAUGAAAAUAUAGACCAAUCUUGGAAAAAAAGAGAUCGAUCGAAAAAAGAUAAAUUUACCGAGAGUACAGAUUACUCGGACGAAAUAUAUUCUCCGGCUAUUUACUCGGCUGCCGAUGAUCACGUUAUAAUCCACGAAAGUUUAAGCGAUCUUCUGGUCAAAUUAUUUCAAAGUCUUCGAAACGCUACUACAACGGACGAACGGAAUAUUUUCAAGGAAUUAAACUUUGUAAAUGGAACAAAUGAAGACCCUUGUCAAAAAUGGUUAAAUAGCAGGGAUAAGCUCGAGCAAGUUUUCUUAGAUGGUUUAACGUCAUUACCUGCUUGCCCAUGUCAAUAUCCUACUAAUAUUUUUUACGAUGAUAAAAUUUGGGAUGAGAAGCGAAUGAAAUAUUUCAGAUGGAGAGAUGUAAGCGGUGACUCUCAAAGACUUGACGUUUACAAGCCAGGAGCCACUUACUGUAUACGAUCAUUGCUGACACAGGGAAGUGGAAGUGCUGCGGUUCAACAUUGCUGUUAUGAUCGCCAAAGGAAGCUUUUGACCCGUGGUUCCGGUGCUGGUACUCCAAACUUUGUCAGUCCUGAGAUAUCACCCAUACUUCAUGAAAGAAUCGAUAUAUUACCGUGGAGACUGUGCAAGGGUGACUUUUCCAGGUAUAACGGUGUACGACCACCAAACAAUGACAACGCCUGUCAGGCCAAUCCCGAUGAUGAGGAAUAUCAACGACAGAUUGACAACACCAAAUAUUAUUAACUAUCGAGUUUUCAACAAAUUUACAAUAUAGGAUAAAAAAUUUAUAAUGAAAUUCUAUUUUUAUUUUUGUUACUUUUGAGCAUAUAAAUAUUUGUACAAUGAAAUUUAAGAAAUAAAUGUAACGCUGUUACAAUUUUACCUUU